CAUUAAAAAACACGAGACCCCCGGAUUAUCGUUUUCCUCUCUCUCUAGCUGCGAUAAACCAACAGGUCUUGGUUUCACAGCUGCGACUAUCUUCAUUCAUGGUGUCCACAAUCUCACCCAAAUUAAAUUAGGGUUUUUCGUCCUUCUAAUUAGGGCUUCUUACUCCUCACAACAAUGGUCUCUCUUUGCCUCUCCAAACCUAAUUUUGCAACUCCUUUUCUCGGCCAGAAACUUUCUUUCUUUCUUCCUUCUUGCAGUUCGUUUCAUGGGAAUACAACGAAGGAUUGCGUCGUUCUGGGAGGCCCUCGGUGUGCUGUGGAUACACCUUAUGGAGGUAAUGUCCCAAAAUUCCCUAGAUUAAGAGUUUGGGAUCCGUAUAAACGCCUUGGUAUAAGUCGUGAUGCUUCUGAGGAAGAGAUUUGGGGAUCUCGCAAUUUUCUCUUGCAACAGUACACUGGACAUGAGAGAAGUGAAGAAUCAAUAGAAGCUGCCUUUGAGAAAAUACUGAUGGCCAGCUUCCAGCACCGGAAGAAAACAAAAAUUAAUUUGAAGACCAGGUUGAAGAAGCAAGUGGAGGAGUCUCCACCUUGGAUAAAGAACUUGCUGAGUUUCGUGGAACUCCCCCCUGUUGAUAUAACUUUGAGAAGAUUGUUCCUCUUUGCCUUCAUGGGUGGCUGGAGUAUUAUUAACUCUGCUGAAAGUGGACCUGCAUUUCAGGUGGCAGUCUCCUUGGCAGCUUGCAUAUAUUUCCUCAAUGAGAAGACAAAGAGCUUGGGCAGAGCUUUCAUUAUUGGUUUUGGAGCUCUAGUAACUGGUUGGGUAUGUGGCUCUUUGUUGGUCCCAAAUAUUCCCUCAGUUCUCUUACACCCUACUUGGACCCUCGAACUCGCAACAUCUCUAGUAGUUUAUGUCUUCUUAUUUCUUGGUUGCACUUUUCUCAAGUAGAACUCAAAUUUUUGUCAUGACUCAGGAUCUGUGUUUUUUGAAAAUGCAAAUUGGAUAAAGCUUAGCUUUUACAAUUCCGUUGCUAAUUGAAUUAUAAUUUACCAAUUUACGAGUUAUGAAUGAAGAAAAAGAAAAUAUCGUUUGUAGUGCCUUUUUCCA